GCAGACCCGACUAGUCACAACCUCAUAGGUCCCCACGCCAUGGCUGGAAUCUGGGAGGUAUCCCCCACCCCUAGUAGUAGACAGUGGACCUCUUGCAGUGUCCAGCGGCGUGAUCGAAUCGGCUUGCUUAUCCUCCUAAUGCUGGCUUGUGCAGCGUGCUACCGUCUUUCCUUAAUCCCAGCGGGAACUGCUUCAUGGCAUCGUCGAUUGUCUUGGAAGACAGACAGUAACAUAGAGGAAACUGCGAGCCAUUCAAUCGUCGUCCUUUCCGCAACAUCCGAAGAUCACUAUCACCCCGCUCUCGUUUCACCGCGUGAAGUCCAACCGUGGCAGGCACCGGAAGUCGCUUACGUUGCGAGUCAAAUGAUGAAACAAUAUGGAAGGCUGGACACGAAGGCCAAGAAGGAUUGCAAGCUGAUCCGUGACACCAACACGGUUACUUGGAAUAAUAACUCCAACUACGACGUUUUGACGCGCUGGCGAUAUCCUGGCAUUCCCGGCUCGUUCUUCGAUCAUGCUAUAAGCUUCAAGUACACGAGGAUGGAUGGUGUAACGCCUCGGCUUAAGAACUACCAGUGCCGACUUCUUGUCAGAGGACAAGAUUAUGAGGCACUCAGGCGCCUGCCAGUGGUACAAUCGGUCCCCUUCACCGACCAACAAAAUAUCGGCCCAGUGUUCACUGACGAAGACUUGCAUAUGAUUGCGGUUGUUUUCCCUCAGUACCAUGCAUUCAAGGAGAAUGACUUGUUUUGGGGAACCAACUUCACGGAAUGGACGAACUUAAAAUUGGCCUUUUUCAACCCGUGGAACUUUCAACCAAUCAAGCAUCCUAUUGGAACUUAUGGGGGCUAUUAUAACAUGCUCAGCCACUCCCAUCGUACAAGGAUGGGGAAAUUGGCACGGUUUUAUGGCAUACAUGGCUUCGCAUAUCAUCACUAUUGGUUUGAGUGCAACACUGUAUUCUUGGAGUCCGUCAUUAUGGAAAUGCUGAAAGAUGGACAACCGGACGUCCCUUUUAUGCUCAUUUGGGCAAAUGAAGCCUGGACACGUCACUGGACAGGAGAGACUGGCGAAGUGCUUCAGUCGCAGAGCUAUGGGAAUGAGACAUGCUGGCGGUUACAUUUUCAGUGGCUUUUACCCCUAUUUAAGCACCCGAACUACAUAAAAGUCAAUAAUAAGCCAGCAUUUGGAGUCUACAUUGUCCCCCUUAUCAAGGAGCUGAAGCCAAUGUUGAAAUUAUGGCGAUCUCUUGCCAAAGAGGAAGGUUUGCCAGGGCUUCAUAUCAUCCAGUGCUUGGGCCAUAAAGACACAGGUGUAUCGAGAAAUGUCAAUGCCAUCAUGGAGUACCAGCCAAAUCUGAAGAAAGGGCGGAUGAAGGUUGAAUCUCCAACAAAACGACUGCACAAAGCUCAUUACAGGGGGGAGUAUCUUGGUUGGGACAACUUCCCAAGGCAUAACCUUGACCCGCAUUUUGUUGUUGGGGACCUUGAUGAUGAUCCUGUUCAUGUGGAGGCAAGGCUGGAAGAGAGGUUUCGAAUCGCUCGGAAUGAUCCGAACAAUGGAACGACCCCCAACCUCUUCUUCCUUACUGCAUGGAAUGAAUGGGGAGAGGGGAACAUGCUGGAGCCAAACAACAUAUUCGGGUAUGGAAAUUUGAAUGCAGUUGCACUGGCAUAUGAGCACAGCAAGAAUGACGCCAGCAACGACAUUGACAUGUUAAACAAGCUGCAUGAAUCAAUGGACGAGUGCAGAUUGAAGCUGGACAUCCAAUACUACGUCGAUCUUGCAGGAGCAGACCUCUGGCAUCUACUGAGUGGGCCUGAACCAGAAAUGAGGGUGAUUGAGAACUGGCAAACAGAAGGCUUUAACAAAGGCAGGGAGUUCAGGCUGGUGAGUGAGCAGGAGGAUGCUGCUUGCAUGGGCAAAGCACAGUGUCGGUUUCUGUGUGGAAUGACCCUGGACAAGCACAUGGUGAGAUAUUUGCUGGAGGUGGACACAAGCCAUGUUGGGCAUUACAGCGAGAGCCCUUCAACUGAUGUUAACUGGAAAUGAUAUGCAUGCCACCAUAGCUUGUUUGCAUGUAUUUUAAUUAACGGGGUCUGAUCUAAGUUAGUGUUUGCUGGCGGAAAAUGGAGACUAUCGUUUGGGCAUGGAGCAAUUU